AUGGUGAAUGAGGCUCCUGCAUCGUUACCCGUCCCGGAGUCGCGUCCGACCACCCAUCCAGUGCCCGACGACACUGAUCCUCAGCGCCCGCCCGCCAUUCGCUCGGUCUCACUCCCUUCACCUGAAGAUGCGCUACAGGACAUCAAUGGCCGAUCUUUAAGCUCCAGCACCAGCGCCGCGUCGCCCAGUCCUAAUGCCCGCCCCGCCAGCGCCGUCGCGGGGGUGAACUAUUCCAGGAAGCACCAAGGAUUAAGACCGUCUACGUCCGGGGGAGAUGGAAAUCGGUCGUUCAGAUCGGAAGGCGAUUGUUCUGGUACACCCUCGCUGCACAGCGUGCCCAGUAUUGUGAUCAACGAUGCGGCUUCCCGUCCUAGCUUGCGUCCGGGCUCCCGGCCAGGGUCUCGCUGGUCGGAGCGCAAAUGGCCUGGCUUGAGGACGAGAUCGACGGAAUUGGAACGGAAGAUGAGCAUGGAGGAACAACCACCGGUGCCUCAGAUUGAACCCGCAUUCAGUGGCAUUAGCUUGGAUAUCCCGACGGGGACUUUGGAUGGACUGGGGCAGUCGAUGAAGUUCUCGAAUCGUGGUAGCCUUAUCAGGAAGGACAAGAAACGUCCACAUCCAGGACCCAGACCCGAGCAGGUUUGUGAAGAGCCAAACGACCAGCGCUCCGAGAUAAGCUCUGAACCCGCAUCGGAGGCACAAUCCAUACAGCAAGACAUUGACAUCACACCGGGCCACUCCCCCUCACUGAGACAACCGGACGCUGAAAAAGACAUGCCCAAGGUGACUCCGCGACGUCCGAGACCGCAAAGCACACUCUGCCCAAGACAGACCAGUCUUCAGAGUAGAGCCAUUUCUGCCGACGAGGACAUGUUGUCCCGUCGCGUACGGCUCAUGUACGAGAAGGGCGACGACGAUGUCACUGACUCGGACGUUGCCAAAGCAUUGGCAUCAGAUAAUGGUGUGCUUUGGGAAGAGGGUACGCCCGACGCGGAAACAGCCUCAACCCCUGGCCCCAACCUGUGUGUUCGGAACGGGAAUCUCGGGUCAAAUGGCAGGGCAUCUGCCGAGGUGGAACGUCUUAGAAUGAAGAGGGAGACCCAGGAGCUGGCGGGAGGAAUUGAGUACUGGCAAAAUGUUGGUGCAGGGGAUGUAGACCGCUAUGGCUUUAUCCACGCACCCCCAGACAGCGCAGAGCCCCAUCCUAUUCAACGAGUCACUACAAGUUUGCUGCUUGCCUCUGAAUCGCCCCGUCGCAAGCGUUCCAUUCGACCCCCGUCUGCCCUGACUAGCAGUCGAUCUUUUCAUGGUCGUUCCCCAACCCGGAAGGGUUCCCAAAGCUCUGCAGGACCCCGUCCAUCUUCGUCGGCGAGCACAACUAGUGCGCCAAUACGGCGUUCAGCAUCACGUCUGCGUUCUGCCACCAAUCGCCUUCCUCACAAUCGAGACCGAAAGUUCACAGACGAGGCAGCCGACAUGCUCACUCUUCCGGUGGAUUCUCCUAGUGGCGACGGGCUAGACACCCCCAACGCGCGCGCGAUACGCAAAAAGGAAUGGGAGCGCGAGGACAAGUGGACAAAGAUGGCGAAGCCGACCAAAAAGAGUAGAGAUGGCGGCGGCAUGACAUUCGAAUUCGAUACACAGAGCUCGAAAUUAAUUGAGCGGACCUGGAAAGGUAUCCCAGAUCGGUGGCGAGCAACUGCAUGGUACUCUUUUCUUGCGGCCAGUGCGAAACGGCACCCGGACAGUCCGUCCGAGGACGACCUUAUUGAUGCUUUUCACGAGUACCAGUAUGUUUCUUCACCGGAUGAUGUUCAGAUCGAUAUAGAUGUGCCGCGCACGAUCACUAGCCAUAUCAUGUUCCGACGGCGCUAUCGCGGUGGGCAAAGACUCUUAUUCAGAGUCCUUCACGCUAUGUCAUUAUACUUCCCUGAUACCGGCUAUGUGCAAGGUAUGGCGGCUCUGGCGGCGACUUUGCUGGCCUAUUACGACGAGGAGCAUGCAUUUGUCAUGCUUGCCCGACUCUGGCGAUUGCGCGGUCUGGAGGAGCUGUACAGGUCUGGAUUUGCCGGGCUGAUGGAGGCUUUGGACGACUUUGAACGAGAGUGGCUAGCUGGUGGUGAAGUAGCCACCAAGUUGACCGAAGUUGGAAUCCCACCUACAGCUUACGGUACUCGUUGGUAUCUGACUUUGUUCAACUAUUCCAUUCCAUUCCCAGCUCAGCUUCGGGUCUGGGACGUUUUCAUGCUUCUUGGAGAUUCUGAGGAUCCUUCCGUUUCCACAAGGCCAAGCACAUCCUCCGGUAAAGGAGGAAAGAAGGAUGGGCCCGGACCACAGUCUGGCACGUUUGGCCAGGGCCUGGACGUGCUCCACGCCACCUCGGCUGCGCUGAUAGACGGCAUGCGGGAAAUCAUCCUCGAAUCUGAUUUCGAAAACGUCAUGAAAGUCCUGACCAGCUGGGUUCCAAUUAAGGACAUCGAGCUGUUUAUGCGUGUCGCCAAAGCGGAAUGGAAAGUUCACCGCCGCAAGAAUCCCCACCACUAA